CUUCAUAUUAAAAGAAGAACAGGAACUAUUGGAGCUACAGUCUCUAUAGUAUUUACACAGACUGAAAAUCCUACUGAAGUUUUUGCUUGGUACAGGUAUACACUGUGCUGCAUUCAUUCUCUUACUAAGAAACCCUAAAAAACAGACAGGGCUUCACACAGAUACGUCAGUUUGCUGGUGAUUGGCAGAGGGCAAUUAUAACGUGUGGAAGCUGGCGAAACCAAACCGGCUGGAUUACUGAUCACUAACAUACAAGCAAAGCUUUGAGAGUGGCAAUGAGAAUACUCUGAACACCAUGCACAGUACUGGCUGCCUGCUUGUGUUACUGCAUUCAUUUCUAGGUUAUUCUCAUAUCCUCCAGGGUCCCCAGAGUGCUGCUGUUCUUCUCCACAGCGAUGCCCUGUUUAACUGCACCUUGUCUAAACCCUGGGUAAUCAUGACCUGGUUGUUAAAGGGCAGGACAGUAUUGACCGUUUUGUCUGCGACAGGACCUGUUGUAACAGACCCACGCUUUACCUCACGAAACAAUACGGAGGGCAACGCCUUCACCACUGAACUUAUCAUAUCCAACGUCAGUCUUCAGGACAGUGGGGUGGUGAUGUGUGACCUACAAAACAAUGGGACGAAGGAAGCUAAUUUAUCAGUUCAAGUAAAUGGUUCGUUGCAGAUUACAAAUCACAGCCUGACUGUGCUGCAGGAUCACUCCACGGCCAUUGUCUGCCAGGCUUCAAACUGGUACCCUGAACCAAAGAUCACCUGGAUGUUAAACAAGACUUGGGCUGACCCUCAGAACUACACCACAGACAGCACUCUCAGCAUUGACUUCUAUGAUACGACAAGCACCCUUAGAUUGGCUCCAAGCAGUGAUGUCACAAUCGUAUGUGUCGCCUCCAUCCCUGCCCUGCCUGAGCCACAGACCGCCACUGUCAACCUGAGAGUCACUGCAGAACACACCAAACCCAGCAAUGACAAAACUGUCUUGAUAGCCGUCACUGUUACUGUUUCUGCGGUGGCAUUAAUAGUGCUCAUCAUUGUUGGAAUUGUGUUCUGCUGCAAAAAGAGAACGAGUGCAAAGUCCAGCUAUCAGGAAGAAAUGAGAAAAGUUUCUCAAAGCAGAUCCCCAAAUGGGCAAAAUUCCAAGACGCCGCAAAUUCAAGGGAAGAAUAAUUUAGGGUUUUCUGCAGAAAACAUUUCAGGCAAUCUGGAGAUCCACGGCAGUCAUGGCAUGGGCAGUACGACAGCUGCAUUAGAGCAGGUUCCUGAUGUGAUUCAUACAAAUAACGAGAGACACUAUCCAGUCAACCCAAAGAAAAUUAAACAGGCGACAGUUGUUUAGAGCAGGGCCACGUUACCCUGGAUGGCUGAUCGGCUCUGUGCAUAGGGAACAUAUCUAUGAUAUCUACACCAACUCACCUGCUUUCUUUGGAACAGAUCUGCACUAAACAAACUGGGUGCUUUUCAAGCAUUGCCUCACAGGCCAGGAAUCGAGGGACAAGAGAAGUAAAGAGUGCCUGUGAUCGGUAGAUGUGAGAGUCUGUGACAUCUUUACACUAGUUACCCAAUACUGUGGUAUCUUCAAUGUCACAAGUUCUUCUAUAAAGAUCUGGCCUAUGUUAGCUAUGUCUAUGGCAGGUCAUUAGAACUGAAGAGCCUAAGGUAAUUGAGUAAUAGCAAUGGGAAGCACUCAAAAAGAUUGCAAAGAUCAGGAGAAAAAAGGACAUGUAACGAAAAGCAGUAUUUCAUGUUAGAUUUCAAAAUGUCACAUUUUUUAAUUUGUCAGUUUUUCGUUCUGGAAAACUACUAAGCGGUAUGUAAUUCAAUAUGUUAACGUAACAUUCAUUCGAUUUUAUGAAGCAAUAUUUUUAAUUCUAUAGGGUGAUGCAAAACUUUUGCAUCACCUUAUAGAAUUUGAUUAAUUAUUUAUAACCGCACGUCCAUUAUAAUUAAUGCACAAACUCAAACACAUUAUUAGCCGUCUGUGACAUUUGUAUUAAAAAACAGAUGAUUUUUUAAUCUUACAUAUAUUAUUAAAUUUCUCUGGGGGUACAAAUCAGACGUGUGCCAUCUGUGGAACUGAAUGUAAUCUAAUUUAAAUGAAUUAUGCAUUAUUAGAAUGAAUGACACAAACAAUAACAAUAAUUGACAGAUCUCUGAGACUAGGGACGUUGGAGCCUCCCAGUAGCAAGGGCUGAUGGAGAUAUCAGCAAAGCUGAUUAAUCCUUUCAGUGCCUUAUUCAACACUCUCACUCCUACUGUACCAAAUGAAGGGGUGUUCCGUCACAACAGUGUGUCACCUGGAAAAAAAUGAGCGAGGUCUCUUUAAAAAACACACAGCCUCUUUCUGGCCACUUGCUCUUGCUGGGAAUUGCAUCUUGUGGGAUGUCACAGCAAAUCAGGUUAAAUUGAGGCAGGUUUCAAAUACAGAUGCAGAAGGAAACUGAAAAACAUGAUCUGAGGAUGUUGUUUUCAGUGGUCUGCUUUGGAAAACAUUGAUGGAUAUUGACAGAAAAGGAUAUCAUGUGCUUUAUAGUAAUUUGUAAUAAGAGAUCAGGAUUUGACAGCACUGUUUCAGAAACUGAAAUGUUACGACCUCAAUAAAAUAAAAAAUAAAAAUAAGAAACACACACACACACACACGCACACACACACACACGCGCGCACACACACACAUACACACACAACGAUUCAGGUCACGUGGUUUACAAAAACGGAGGAUUGCACUAGCAAUCUUAAAACAUUCACUUACUUACUAUUUACAACAAAGCAUACAGAACAAAUGUUUACAGGGAUGCAGAAAUACACACUAUAAUUGCUUGUUUUACCUCGCUGUGUGGUCCAGUGGUUAAAGCAAAGGGCUUGUAACCAGAAGGUCCCCAGUUCAAAUCCCACCUCAGCCACUGACGCAUUGUGUGACCCUGAGCAAGUCACUUCACCUCCUUGUGCUCCGUCUUCCGGGUGAGAUGUAAUUGUAAGUGACUCUGCAGCUGAUGCAUAGUUCACACACCCGAGUCUCUGUAAGUCGCCUUGGAUAAAGGCGUCUACUAAAAUAAACAAAUUGUUUUACAAAAUUAAGAAUAUGAUACAGCAUUAGCAAAGCACUGAGGCCUGUACAGCAUAUUUCAUCAUUCCCAUUCUUAAACUAAAAUACUAGUAACUGUACCGUUUAAAUCCACUUUAAUAACUACUAAUCUACAUACUAUCUGCCCACUGUUAGACAGUAAUAUACUAAAUAUUUGUCAAGGUUUAAGUAGUUUUGUACAUACCUGAAUAAAAUAAAAAUAAAAUAAAUAAACAUUCAGGUCUUGUGUGUCUAUAAUCAAGUUUUCUGAUUUAAUAAUUGCAUUGGCACUACCUCUAAUCAAGCUAGCUAUGCUGUAGUAAUGGGUCUUGGUACAUUGGUUAAUGAGCAUGGGAGCGGGGGUGAAUAAUGUUCAGUAACUCACAAAUAUGCGACACAGGCAUCAAGCUGUCAUUGCUACUGUGGCACUGCGGGAUUGGUACAGUACGGCUCUGUUUAGUGAAAAGAUUGAUCUACUUAGAUAGUACUUCCAAAGUCAUUUCAGUGCCCCCUUCACACUUCCAGUUUGCAUGUGUGUAAUAACACUGAUGAUUCAAUAACCAACUGUAAUCUGCAUGCCAGCUUGUGAACAUACAGCAACAGCUCCAGCUCAGCUCUGAACUGGGAGCUAGUCACUAAGAGAGCUAUAUAUGAAAGUGAACAUUUUCACUAAGAAUUAGUCAAUUACCUCCCACCCCCCUGCUUCAAGGAUGUAUAAUUAUAUACAAAGUCGUGCUUCGUGAAACAAAAACUCAAAACAGUUGUUUAAGAAGAAAUUUGCUACAUGAAGCAUUCCACACGAGGCAGCGAUAGUUGGUGGAAGUGCACUUGUUCAUUGCUGGCCCUGGCACUAGUUGCAUAUAUAGACAACCUCCCCCCACCCUGUUCCAAAACAGCUAAUAAAGGAAUCGGCAGAAGACAGAAAUCUUAAGAAGCUUGGCAGACAUACAAAGUCACAACACUAAUCAAUAGUCUGGAACCCACACUUGCAGUGGCUAGGCCUGUAGAGAAAGCAUCACCGCUCUCCUGAUGGAACACUGGAGUUGAAACUACACUACGCACUUUCUUAAUGGUCUGCCAGCAUGGCAUUUAUUCUACUUUAAUUUUGUAUAUAAAUUGAAAAUGUGCACUGUUAUGUAUAAUCUCUCAUGAAAGCCGUUGACAUGAUGACUUAACACUGGUCUUUCUCCUUAAUGUGUUUAACACAUUAAACGCUGUUCCAUCGUCAUAAGUAGAGAUCAAUCCAUCCUUGGUAAAUUAUUCAGCAAUUUCUUUCAGAUGGGUCUGUUCCAAAAUCAAUCCUGGCUCCACAGAAUGGAAGCACAGCAGUAAAGCCUUCUGACCAAUCUCUGUCAGCCCAUUUCCACAGACCCAGCUAUAUUAAGACUAGCUUUAUUAAGGCCAGCCAGUCCCUUGGUGUUUGGUCAUGAUAGAAGCCUUUAUAGCCUAACACACUGUUGAUGGCCUUUGUGUACUGUAUUAAUCAGGCCUCACCCCUUGAAACAUCAUUAUCAAACAAUAGCAGUUCAUCGGUGACCCUGUAUUUUAUAUCGUAAAGCAAUUGCUUAUUGUUACUGCACUGUGCGGUUUCUAAUAAUAGACAGCAAAGAUGCAAAUGUAAAGACUGGUCGGAAACCGUCUGUCUGCGGGUAAAUGAUCAUAUAUCUGCAGGUGUGCAGGGCCAAUAACAACAUGAACGUGCUAACAUUAAUGUUGUGUUUUAUUCUGAAAGGACACCCAGUUACAAAACCAGAACAAGAAGUAUCCAUUAGUUAUAAAUUUAUAUCAGAAAAAUAAUGUACAAAUUGGAGUACAAAGCUCUAUAAAAAUAGCCUCCCUUGAGCUUGGUUUGCUCAGUACCACCCUUAAUAAAGGUUUACUACUGUAUAUUUGCAUGGUAUUUCUGCAGUUUUACCCUCAUGAUUUUCCCAUGGUUAUACUAUGUAUUUCCCAUAGUUUACCCUGGUUUGCCAUGUUUAUUAAUGGUCUUUAACAUACCUUGCUGUUCUUUACAUUGCUUUACAAGGGACAUACUGUAUUCAGCCAAGCACCCAUUGCA